GCGCGUUUCGAUGGCUAAGGUGUUCAGAGCGUUUUUCUUCAAAUCUCUUCUCUUCUUUUGGUACCGUUUCCUUCUCAGGCAACUUAAUAACCUCCUAGGCUUUCAUAGAUCCAUUGGCACCAAUGCCUUUCCAUCCCAAUUUAAAUACCAAAAGUACCACUCCCUGGCUCACAGAUCAGACCUCACCGAUCAUACCUUAAUCUUUGAUGUGGAAGGAACUUUGUUAAAAUCUUCUUCUUUGUUCCCCUACUUCAUGCUCGUAGCCUUCGAGGCAGGAGGGCUCAUAAGAUCCUUUGUCUUGAUUCUGCUGUACCCUUUCGUCUGCUUAGCUGGACCCGAGAUGGGGUUGAAUAUAAUGGUGAUAAUAUGCUUCUUCGGGAUCAAGGCAAAGAGCUUCAGAGCGGGAAGGGCUGUUCUGCCAAAGUUCUUGUUGGAGAACGUUGGUUCAGAAAUGUUCGAAAUACUGAACCGAGGCGGGAAGAAGGUGGCGGUCAGUAAUUUACCUCAAGUAAUGGUGGAGAGUUUCUUGAAAGAGUAUCUGGAGAUUGAUCUUGUGGUGGGCAGACAGCUGAAAGUGUUCUGUGGAUACUACGUGGGGUUGAUGGAAGGCAGAAAAAUUGUAGCGCCGCACGCUUUGAACCAAGUUCGGGAAGGUCAAGGACGUGCCGACGCCAUCGGCAUUUGGGGCUUCAACAAGUCUCUUGAUUCCGAACUGUUAUCUCAUUGCAAGGAAGUUUAUUUGGUGAUGGAAGCUGACAAGAGAGGCUGGAAAACACUGCCAAGAGAGAAGUAUCCGAAAGCACUGAUAUUCCAUGACGGUAGACUGGCCAUGAGACCUACCCCAAUGAAUGCGGUAGCGACGUUGAUCUGGUUCCCAUACGGGCUAGUCCUCGCCAUUAUUAGGAUCUGCAUCGCGUUAUCGCUCCCGUAUCACAUAUCAACUCCUCUCCUGGCAAUCACUGGCCUGCGGCUGACGACUUCAAAGCCCAAAACGUGCAACAAAGAAGAUGAUGGUGAAUGCAGUGAUGGGAAUCAUCGCCAGCUUUAUGUUUGCAACCACAGAACAUUGCUGGAUCCUCUCUACCUGUCGUUUGCGCUGAGAAGAGACUUGAUCGCCGUGACAUACAGCCUGAGUAGAAUGUCGGAGAUACUGGCGCCCAUCAAGACCGUCCGAUUAUCGAGGGAUCGCAAUGAAGACGCGAAGAUGAUGAGGACGUUGCUGAGACAAGGGGACCUGGUGGUGUGCCCAGAAGGGACCACUUGCAGAGAGCCAUAUUUGUUGCGGUUCAGCCCUCUGUUUUCAGAAAUGAGCGAUGAAAUAACUCCCGUCGCUGUUGAUUGCCACGUCAGCAUGUUCCACGGUACGACUGCCGGAGGACUUAAGUGCUUGGACCCACUUCUGUUCCUCAUGAAUCCUUCCCCCAUCUACACCGUCCAAUUGCUGGACAAGUUGUCCCGCUCCUCCACCGCCCUCGAUAGAUUUAAAGUGGCUAAUCAAGUGCAGUCUCAUAUCGGGAUGGCCCUCGGAUUCGAGUGCACCAUGCUCACCAGAAAAGAUAAAUACUUGAUUUUGGCCGGAAAUGACGGCCUUGUUUCUUCCGCCAGUGCUACAUCUAAAUCGUAAUCCUGCAUGCCCUGUAACAUUAUUAAUUUACCUGUACCAUGGAUACUUGCCAUGACAAGGCAUAUAUAUAUAUAUAUAUAGCUUAGUUUGGGACGGAGGGAGAGAGAUAGAACGCCUUUCUUUCUUCUUUUCCUUGUGUUGAUAUUUUUUGUACCCUUUUAUAUAUCUUCCUGUCUUGUAAUAUAUAUCACGCGAAU